AUGACUCUAUCCAAGUGUUUUACACGAGCAGUCGAAACCACAGGGAUGCGGUUCGACCGCCUGCUUAACUCUCUCUCCACGGCCCCGCUCUCUGCUCAACUUCGGGGAUCCAAGAAGGUUAUCAUACUGCGGUGCCUCGUCUUCAUGCUCGCAGCGCUCGUGAGCAUCCUCUACAAGUUCUCCUUCGUGAGGGUCGAUGCACAGGGCAUGCUCGCGAUCCCAAACGGUCAGAUCUACUACAACUAUGGCUCUGACGGUUAUCCCGAUACCGACCCCAGCUACACAGAAAUCGGCGAGUCUGACAUUCCCCGAGAGCACAACUAUGCUCUGGGGGAUGGGGUCCCGACUAGCAUCCUCUCCGCAAACCUCAUUGACUUCCUGACCGUGAGCAAUGGAUCCGUGGUCGUCGUGAGCGACCCAGGCAAGACCUUCGAGCGUCCGACCGAUCUCAUCGUAGGGCCUAAAGUGAAUGCCACACGGCUUACAAAUAUUCUCAACGGGACUGUGGAAUCAUGUAACCCCUUGCUGUACCUUCGGAGCUCGUUCUAUGUCCUACGCUCAUUAGACAAUUUCUACGCUACCAAGUGGCCCCUCGUCAAGUCAAGACCAUACAACAACGGGGUGCGGAUCGACUUCACACCCUGGAACUCAUCCAGUAAUGCUUUUAAUGGAGGCAUCAUGGACAUCACUUCUCUAGCCAACGGAUCUCUGCAGGCUUGGGUCGCACAGCACUCACUUCCUUCUCAGCCACAGGGCAUCUACGACUAUAGAGUUACGGUUAACAUGCGAUAUUGCUACGGGUAUAUCAACUGGAAAAACUCGGCUGUUUUUGGUCAUUUCGAGAUCGAGGACCCAACCGAUAUCAAAUGUCAGGCCUUUCCUUUCGACGUCGCCGCCUGGAACCAUACCUUGUGGUCCUUCAAUGCGAAGGCUUUCAUCCAGGCAGCCUGCGCUGGAAAGACUACCAUCGACGACUCUUUCUGGACAUUUGCACUGCCCAUAAUCCCAAUUAUGAAUGAUCACUCAUCCGUCCACAAGGGCUUUGCACCACCAGGGGAUAGGAAUCCGCGGUGCAGCAACAUUGCCGAGGAUUCAUUUGCGGUCGCCAAGGGGGGUGGCAAUCAUGACAGCAAUCGUGGCGAUGUGUUUGAUUAUCUGGCCAAGGCUGCCACUGCUUACAGAGUGGCCUGCGCAAUGGCUUGCCUUGGUAGAGGGGCUGGAUAA